GGGUGUGGAAGCCAAGAUGUCGCACCCGUCCCCCCAAACCAAGCCCUCCAACCCCAGCAACCCCCGAGUGUUCUUUGAUGUGGACCUCGGAGGGGAGCGAGUUGGUCGAAUUGUCUUAGAAUUGUUUGCAGAUAUUGUCCCUAAAACUGCAGAAAAUUUUCGUGCAUUAUGUACAGGAGAAAAAGGCAUUGGACCCACAACUGGGAAACCUCUCCAUUUCAAAGGAUGUCCUUUCCAUCGAAUUAUUAAGAAAUUCAUGAUUCAGGGUGGAGACUUCUCAAAUCAGAAUGGGACAGGUGGAGAAAGUAUUUAUGGUGAAAAAUUUGAAGAUGAAAAUUUCUAUUAUAAGCAUGAUCAGGAGGGUUUAUUGAGCAUGGCAAACGCAGGACCCAAUACAAAUGGGUCUCAGUUCUUUAUCACAACGGUUCCAACUCCUCAUUUGGAUGGGAAACAUGUGGUGUUUGGCCAAGUGAUUAAAGGAAUGGGUGUGGCAAGGAUACUGGAAAAUGUAGAAGUGAAAGGUGAAAACCCUGCCAAAUUGUGCGUUAUUGCAGAAUGCGGAGAAUUAAAAGAAGGGGAAGAUUGGGGGAUAUUCCCAAAAGAUGGCUCUGGCGACAGUCAUCCAGAUUUCCCUGAGGAUGCAGAUAUAGAUUUAAAAGAUGUGGAUAAAAUUUUAUUGAUAACAGAAGACUUAAAAAACAUUGGCAAUACUUUUUUUAAAUCCCAGAACUGGGAGAUGGCCAUAAAGAAAUAUGCAAAAGUUUUAAGAUAUAUGGAAGGUUCAAAGGCUGUUACUGAGAAGGCAGAUAGCUCCAAGCUACAACCUGUAGCUUUAAGCUGUGUGCUCAAUAUUGCUGCUUGUAAACUGAAGAUGUCAGAUUGGCAGGGCGCGAUUGACAGCUGUGUGGAGGCUCUUGAAAUAGAUCCAUCAAAUACCAAAGCACUAUACCGCAGAGCUCAAGGAUGGCAAGGAUUAAAAGAAUACGAUCAAGCAUUGGCUGAUCUUAAGAAAGCUCAGGAGAUAGCGCCAGAAGAUAAAGCUAUCCAGGCAGAACUGCUGAAAGUCAAACAAAAGAUAAAGGCACAGAAAGAUAAAGAAAAGGCAGCUUAUGCAAAAAUGUUUGCUUAAUGAGGAAUUCAGAUUCAGAUUGUAUAAAGGCAGUAAGAACAUUUAAGGGUGUGUGUUGUAUAUGAUCCCUAACAUGUUUCCUUGUACGAUUCAGUUUCCUAGUGUUCACUGUAGAAGUACUGAUGGCCUCAUACUCGUAAUAAAAGUGUUACAGAAUACAUUGUGAAGUUGAUUUUCACAAACAAGGGCGUCCAUCCUGUUACUAAUCUCCUGACGACACAUCGUCUUGUUGAUAUUCUUCGCCAUAUUUCUUCGGUAUGUCUCUGGUUGGUUUGUGGUGGUGGUUUAUACUUCACAGUACACACACCUGUUCAUGAACUGCCUCAGUGGUCUACAGUGGGGAUUGGCAGACUUGUUUUUAAAACUGUGCUUUAGGUGAAAGUUCACAGUGCAGGUUAAGUUUCUCAUUCAAAAAGAAAGUUUACAGAGCAGAUCAGUUUCUCAUUCAAAAAUUUAUA